GAAGCCGCCGGCGGCCAGGGCGAAGCGGGCCGGCGCGGUACCCGCACCAGCGGCGGCGGGAAUGUCGGCCUCCGGUGGCGGCGCCGGGGGGAAGCGCACGGUGGCGGACGUGCUGAUGGGGAACGCGCGGGCCGCAGCCAGCAAGGCGAAGAAGGCGGCGCCGUCACCGAAGAAGCCCCGGGCGCAGGCCGACGGCGCGGAGGCCGAGCCGGCGGAGGCCGCGGCGGUGGCGGGAGAAGCCGCCGUCGCCGGUGAGGUCCAAGCGGGCGUCGUCCCCUGCGAAGUCCCCCAAAUCGCCGGCUGAUGGGGCGGCUGGCGAGAAGAAGAGGUCCACGUCGCCGGCGAAGUCCAAGGGUCCAGCUGCGGCCGCGCAAUUGGAUGGAGCGAAGGAGAAUUCCCCCUCUCCGAAGAGGUCCAAAACCCUAGCGGCCAAAUCCGACACUGUCUUGCAGACGGAUGGGAAGAAGAAGAGGUCACCCUCACCGACCAAGGCUAAAGGCCAAGCUUCUCAACCCGAGGAGAAGAAGCAGCCCGCUUCACUGAAGAAUGCCAAACCCACAGAUUCCCCAAAGUCUGAAGAGAAGAAUACCACCCUAGAGCUCAAGAAGAAAGGCAGUGAGUUUGACCCGAUGGCUGCUGCCUAUUGGAAGCCUGGUGAGCCCGUGCCAUUCCUGUUUCUGGCUCGGGCACUUGAUCUCAUCUCCAACGAGAGUGGCCGGAUUGUCAUUACUGAAAUCCUAUCAAAUGUGUUCCGGACAGUGAUGGUGACGACACCGGAUGAUCUCCUUGCAACGGUGUACCUCUCAGCCAAUCGGAUUGCGCCUCCUCAUGAGGGGAUUGAGCUCGGAAUUGGGGAUGCAUCAGUCAUCCGUGCACUUGCAGAAGCAUACGGACGCAAAGAGGAGCAUGUUAAGAAGGACCUUAAGGAAUUGGGUGAUUUGGGGCUUGUGGCGAAAGCAAGCAGGUCAUCGCAGAAGAUGAUGUUUAAGCCAAAACCACUGACAAUAUCUCGGGUGCUUAGCACUUUUCGGACAAUUGCAAAGGAGUCAGGCAAAGACAGCCAAGAUAAAAAAAGAAACCAUAUCAAGGGACUUCUUGUUGCUGCGACUGACUGUGAACCUCAAUACAUUACACGUCUUCUUCAGUCAAAAAUGAGGAUCGGCCUGGCAGAGAAAACUGUCCAAAUGGCUCUUGGGCAAGCUGCCGUAUAUUCUGACAAAAAAUCUUCACCACCAGAAGUUCAAUCACCUUUCGAAGAGGCUGCAAAAAUAAUUAAACAAGUAUAUUCAGUUCUUCCAAUCUACGAUAAAAUUGUCCCAGCGCUACUUGAAGCUGGAGUUUGGAAGCUUCCAGAGACAUGCAAAUUUUCCAUAGGUGUACCUGUUGGUCCUAUGUUAGCAAAAGCAACAAAAUCUGUCUCGGAGAUCAUUGACAAGUUUCAGGGGCUUGAGUACACUUGUGAGUACAAGUAUGAUGGUGAAAGGGCUCAGAUACAUUGCAUGGAGGAUGGUUCGGUAGAGAUUUAUAGUCGGAAUGCUGAAAGAAACACCGGAAAGUAUCCAGAUGUUGUUGAUGCAGUUUCUAGAUUCCGAAAGCCUACAGUUAAAUCAUUUGUCUUGGACUGUGAAAUUGUUGCCUACGAUCGUGAAAAAAAGAAAAUUUUGCCUUUUCAGAUACUUAGCACAAGGGCCCGCAAAGGUGUUACCGUAAAUGACAUCAAAGUUUCUGUCUGUACUUUUGGCUUUGAUAUUCUUUACAUGAAUGGGAAACCUCUCCUCCAGGAACAACUCAAAAUUCGUCGAGAGCAUCUUUACAACUCUUUCGAGGAAGUACCAGGUGUUUUUCAAUUGGCAACUGCAAUUACAUCAAAUGACCUGGAGGAGAUACAGAAAUUUCUUGACACAGCUGUCAACUCCAGUUGUGAAGGGUUGAUCAUCAAGACAUUGGAUAAAGACGCUACAUAUGAGCCAGCGAAGCGAUCAAACAAUUGGUUGAAACUGAAGAAGGACUACAUGGAUAGUAUUGGAGACUCUUUGGACUUGGUACCGAUUGCUGCCUUUUAUGGGAGAGGAAAACGGACAGGUGUCUUUGGAUCAUUCCUCCUGGCAUGCUAUGAUGAGCAGAAUGAAGAAUAUCAAACAAUAUGCAACAUAGGUACUGGAUUUUCUGAGCAACAGCUCGAAGAACGUUCUUCAAGCCUUCGAAGUAAAGUGAUAGAAAAGCCUAAGGCAUACUACAGAUUUGCUGACACAAUGGACCCUGAUGUAUGGUUUGAGCCAUCAGAGGUGUGGGAGGUUAAAGCUGCAGAUCUGAGCAUAAGUCCUGUGCAUCGUGCUGCUAACGGUAUAGUUGAUCCAAACAAGGGUAUCUCCUUAAGAUUUCCUCGUUUGUUGCGAUUACGUGAUGAUAAAAGCCCAGAACAGGCGACCACAUCUGAGCAAGUCGCGGACAUGUACCGGGCUCAAAAGAUCAACCACGGUUAUAACCAGGAGGAUGAGGAUGAUGACUGAUGCUGACCCAAUUCUUAUGUUGGAUGCACGACUCAUUGAGGUAUUGACCAGAGAAUGUGUUUCCAGUGGUUUGCUUCGUCCUGAUUCGAACAGCUUAGGACAUUUCAGAUUUGUGCAAUUCCUUGCGAUGUUGUAUCCUGCUUCAUCCUGUUUCCUUUUUUUUAUGUUCUCCACGUGUAUUUUGUGAGUUGUGCAUGCGCGCCGUAGGAAGUUUAGCUCUAUCAAACUAACCUGUUAAGUAUGUUAGUACAUAUAGGUAGCAUUAAUAUGCAUAGCAAAUUUUGCCUUUCGAAGGGGAGCUUUAUAACUUACCCAUGCGCAAUUGCAAAUGAAGUGCCAUCACGCCAA